CCGGGGUCUGGGCCGCUGGAGCUGCGGCGAGACUGGAAGAAUUUGGUUGCGGUUGCCGACUGGGCACAGCGGCUUCGUGCUACCCGCGCCCUGCUCGGCCAGUGGCCCCUGCCCCCUUCCCGGGCGCCUCCUGCCCCUCUUUUCUGGGGGUGGGGGAGGUGCCCGCUGGCGGCAUCAAGACCCUUAGGCGGUGUGUAGAUGGGCAUCUCCCGACACGCCCAGCUCGCACCUCCCACCCCUGCUGGGGGUAGGGCUCCUGCCUGAGGGGCUCCCUGGCAACCGGGCUGCGCGACCUGUGCUGCCACCAGCCCUUCUCUCGCCUUGGGGGUAUGGGGGUGGAUCUCCUUGUUUCUCUCCCUUAGCUACGCUAGGGGUUGGGAGCCCCGGGGCCCGCUAGGCGUGGGGUGGCUCCUGCCCCCGGGGCCCGCUAGGCGUGGGAAAGAUGUCGGAGGCAGUGCUGUUGCUGCGGCGGGUGCGGGAGCGCAGCAGUGAGGGGGCCACGGGGGCCCGGAGAAAGCGGAGCAGGCGGCGCCGUUUCUACCCUGAGCACCGGGUGUACCGCGCCCGCAGCUCCUUCCUGGACCUCAGCGAGGAGCAGGUGCUGCGGCGCUAUCGUCUGGACAAGGCAGCUAUUGCGGGGCUCUGCAGCGAGCUGGGCUCUGACCUGGAGAGCCUGACAGGUCGCAGCCAUGCCCUGCCGGUGGCCGUCAAGGUGACCUCAGCCCUUACCUUCCUGGCUUCAGGCUCCUUCCAGACAGCCACACGGGACACUACAGGCAUCAGCCAGUCAGCCAUGUCCAACUGCCUGGCCCAAUUCCUGGAGGCACUGCAGCGCCGGGCUGCCCGCUACAUUACCUUCCCCGUCCCAGUCCCCACGGCAGGGCAUGCUGAGGGCCGCUUCCCUGGGGUGCUGGGCCUGCUAGGCAGCAUGCAUGUGGCGCUGCGGGCCCCCUCAGAAAAUGAGCUUGCCUACCGCAAUGCCCGCAACUACCACUCCAUGAACAUGCAGGUGGUGUGUGAUUCCCAUGGCACCAUCAUCAACGUGGUGGCCAAGUACCCUGGCUCCUGCCCCAACGCCGCCGUGCUGGAGAACUCUGCCCUGGCUCGGCUGCUUGACGGAGCCCGGCUUGACGGGCUGUGGCUGCUGGGAGACCGAAGUUACCCGCUGAAAACAUGGCUCAUGACUCCAAUUUUAUUCCCAUGUAGUCCGGGAGAGGAGAAGUACAAUGCCAUGCACCAGGAGGCCCUCUCGGUGCUCAAGCAGACAUGCACCCUCUUGAAAAUGCGUUUCCGCUGCCUGGAUAAAUCAAGUGGCUCCUUGCAGUACACCCCCCAGAAAGUCUGCCAGAUCUUCCUGGCCUGCUGUAUCCUGCACAACAUCGCCCUGAGCCGCAGGAUGCCCUUAGACCUGGCAGAGGGGGAGGAGCUGGUGGAGGGGUCGGAUGCUGACCCGGAGCUCCCAGUGCAAACCCCCUUUGUUCAGAUCUCCAGUGAGGCCCGGGCAGUGAGAGCGCGAAUUGUGCAACGAUUCAGAGAGAGCCUGACCUAGAGCAGCAUCCUUGUGCUGCACCAGCUGCUUCUGAAACAGCUCUUGGUGGGGAAAAGGACCAGCAUGCCAAGUUUUUCCCCUCAGCAUCUGGUACAAACCACACACUUCACCCUCUCUAUAAGCAGCUGGAACGUAUCUUAUCCUGGAGCUGGUGGCAUUCCCAACACUGACCUGUCCUAGGAAGAGCUGCCAGCAAUUCCAGCUUCUGACACAGGAUUUCACUGUGGGGAUUGCAUUUUGUUUAAAAAUCUUGGUCUAAUUUUUUCCAUAGAGUAGUGAUUGAGAGGAUGGUUCCAUGGGCCUGGAAGAAGCUACCACCUUUAUGCCCCAGAGCUGUUACUGGGUGUGGACUGGCUGUUCCUGAAGCCAAACUGUACUUGACUCUCACAUGUUGUUGCUCUUUUAGUCUAGCUGCGGGUGAGAUAAAAAAUUCGGCUGCCCAUGGAUUGCUGCUUGGCUGAAACUGGCAGUUCGGAGUGAACUGAACCCCUCCAAUGAAAGGAGAGUAAUGAAUGGAAGUGGCCUUUAUUGAGAGGCAGUGUUUCCUCCUAUCCUGAGCAAAGCUGGGGAUUGGAACUCCCCAAAUCGUCAUCCCUGCUCUAUCCUUGAGGUGUCCAGCAGCCUUGGCCAAGUUGCCUGUGUAGGUAGGGGUUCUAGUGGUAGUGACUCUUCUAGCCAGGGAGGUAGUGAGGACAGGUUAGUCUAUGUUCUGAAAAUGUCCAAGCCCCAGCUUGGAAAAGUGUAUGCGUGCAGCCUACUGCACUGUAAAUUAAGGAGCCCCUUCUCAAUGUCACAGACCAUCCUGCUUCUGCCUUGUAAUUCUUGAGGGCCCUGGCUAAUGCCUUCAUUUCCAAGGUAGGGUGCUAUAUGCUGGCAGGAGAGAGGGGUUCUGGCUCUUAGAUGGCAGAAACCUCAUUUCACCCCCUGUGCUCUGUUGGAUGCUCCCUGCGCUCUGGUUCACGAAGCUGGGAAUCCAAGGGGGAAGUGGUGAGCAGUGGGUUGGGGACUGAGCUCAGGGCCUGGGGCACAUGAUUGGGAGAAUGGUCUCUGAGUGGAGGCAUGGUGGCCCCCUGCUAGGGAGAGGCAGAGGCACAGGCAUGAUAACAUUGGUCUUCAGCAUUCUAAAGGUUAACUGUUCCUCACCCACUUUCCAGUGCAAAAGUACUGAUUGCCAAGAGAUCAGUAUGCCCAUGCCACUGUGGGGCAGCUUGUGGAUGAAGUGGAUGCAGGCAAUGGGAGACAGCUAGAGCUGGGAGCGAUUCGAGUGACACUGGAGAGCGCAGAAGACAGUUGAGGACACAUUAAUGUUUCUGUGCCCCAUUUAAGCUCUUCUGCUUUAUUUCACCCCCAGGGGAGCAGAAACCAGAUGUACUACCAGGCCCAAGUCAGAUGAUGGCAACCAGAGUUCUCUCACUCUCAAAACUGGCUACUUGGUUCUCCAUCUUAGCAUGCAAAGCACCUGCUCUGUGCGAUCCAGUCCUUGUUGCAGGUGAUGCUCCCUGCAGCAUAGAGGAGGAAACUAUUUUUUGUGAGGGGAAAAUAAAGGUAUUUUCUUAGAAA